ACAUCCUCACGACUUCUUUCUUCAAACUAUCGUUGCUCGCUAAUUCUCUCUCCCCCCCCUCCCGAUUCGCCCGUCGCCGAGCUGACCUCUCUCUUCGUGUCGGCCGUCUAUCGCGUGUGCCUCAGAUUUGCGCCUUUUCUUCUGGUGAUGUUCACAAUUUCAAUUGCGCAGAGAUCGAUAACUCACCUACUGCAAUCUUAAGGGAUUGCCUUCUCAGAACAAGCCUUUCUCUAUUAGACAAAUCUGUGGGCCCAAAGGUCAACCAAUUAGCUCCCGUUCCACUGUCCACUGGAUCUGAUAUUUGCGAUUCUGCUGAUGAUAUUUCAAGUUUGUCAUGGUUGUUUGUUAUAAAAAUUUUAUUAUUUGUAUUUUGUCAAAAAUGGUGGCCGAACUUUAGGUUUAGACAGAAUCUUAGGUUGACACCACAUCACUUUCAAGUAAUCCAAGGGAGAACUCUCUACAACCUUAUAGCUAUCCCAGGAAUCAUUAGAGACUAUAAAAUUCCGUCUGCAAAUUUUUAAAUGAUUAAGGGGAAGACAACAGGUAGUGUAUCUUGAUGCAUUUAUUUGGAUGGUUGAUGAUUCCAGGAUGGGUUAAACUUUUACUGUUUACUGAUUUGUGUGACCUCUUGUAUCUAAUACUUGAGAGUUGAGAGCUUGAUGGGUUCAAUGCUGUAUAAAGAAUAAAUUUGCCUCUUAAUGGUGGCCGAACUUUAGGUUUGUCAUGGUUGUUGGGUUCAAUGUUGAUGACAUUUGCGAUUCUGCUGAUGAUAUUUCAAGUUUCUCAUGGUUGUUUGUCAGAAAAAUUUUAUUAUUUGUAUUUUGUGAAAAAUGGUAACCGAACUUUAGGUUUAGACAAAUGUAUCAAUGUUUGGGGUUUGGGGUUUGGGGUUUGGGGUUUAGGGUUUAGAGUGUUUAGGGUUUAGGGUUUCAAGAAUUGUGGCAAAGCAAAUGCGGAAAAAAAAUAUGGCAUUGAUUAGCUUGCAGCAGACCUACUGCAGAUUACUCUGAGGCGGCGUGGUGGGUGUGCCCGAUCCAAUUGGUUGUUUUGCUCUUGACUGGAUGUGCAAUGCAGAGAUCACGCAGAGCUUUUCUUCUUAGAAGGAGAGUUUAUGAGAACGUUUCUCAUGGAAGGAACUGUUUCUACAAAGUCUCUCUGUCACUGGUUUGCCUCCUAUGGGGGCUUCUUUUCCUCUCCACCCUAUGGAUUAGCCGUGGAGACGGUGACAGAGAUGCAUCUUUAGUCUUUCCUGUCAGAGAAAUCGAUUCAGAUGAUAGCAGACUAGAUGAGAAAGCUGAGAAUGCCGAUAAACCGCCAUCGCUGGAUUCUGAUUCUGUUCAUUGUGCCCUGGAUUUUUGUCCUACUAGUAGUGAUGAUACAACCCCAGUUGAAGAAAACAAACACAGGGGCUAUGUUAAGCAGAGUGAGAUCAAUAGCACACAUUUUGGGAAUGAUAUGGAAACCAAAGACAAUGAAUUUGUGAAGCCGAGGGAGAUCAAUAACAUAGAUUAUGGGAAUGAUAUAGAGAAAAAGGACGACGACCUUGUGAAGCAUAGUGAGAUGAAUAUCACAGGUUCAGGGAAUGAUAUCGUGAACAAUGUUUCCAAGCUUGAUCGGCUAUCUCGUGCUGUUCCACUUGGCCUUGAUGAGUUCAAGAGCAAAACAUUCAGCUCUAGAAAUAAAUCUUUGUCAGGUCAGGUCAGUGGCGUGGUUCACAGGAUGGAGCUUGGAGGGAAGGAGUACAAUUAUGCCUCUGCUUCUAAGGGCGCAAAAGUCUUGUCUUCUAACAAGGAAGCAAAGGGAGCUCCAAGCAUCUUAAACCGGGACAACGAUAAAUACCUCCGUAAUCCAUGUUCUGCUGAGGAGAAAUUUGUCGUCAUAGAACUUUCCGAGGAAACAUUGGUGGAUACGAUCAAGAUUGCGAAUUUGGAGCAUUACUCUUCCAAUCUGAAGGAUUUUCAGUUGCUUGGCAGCCUGGUCUAUCCGACUGAUACCUGGGUACAUAUGGGAAACUUUACGGCUGCAAACGUAAAGCACGAGCAGAACUUCACGCUGGUAGAACCAAAAUGGGUGAGAUAUCUGAAACUUAACUUCGUAAGCCACUACGGUUCAGAAUUCUAUUGCACUUUGAGUUUGAUUGAAGUUUAUGGAGUGGAUGCUGUGGAACGAAUGCUGAAGGAUCUAAUAUCCAUCCAAGACAGCAGUAUAUUCAAAACCCCUGAAGGAGAAGCUGAGCAAGAGAAGAAGACAGUGCCAACACAGACAGCAGAGUGUACCAAGGGGAGUGAUGGUGCUAACGGGAGCAUGCUGAGUGUGAAUGAGUCGGAAACCUCACCGGAGAGUGGGGUAGGGAAAUCUGAAGCGAUAAUGGGAAAGAGUAAGCCGCUAGAGCCCGUGGAAGAGGUAAGGCAUCACCAGCAAGGAAGCAGAAUGCCAGGGGAUACCGUUCUGAAGAUACUGAUGCAGAAGAUAAGGUCGCUGGACUUGAAUCUCUCGGUGCUUGAGAGGUACUUGGAGGAGCUGAACUCGAGAUAUGGGUCCAUAUUCAAAGAGAUGGACAGGGAGGCUGUAGAGAGAGAGAUGAUUGUGGAGAAGAUUAGGAUAGACGUGGAGGGCAUGAAAGAGAGCCAAGAGGUGAUUGUGAGAGAGAGCGAGGAGAUGAGGGAGUGGCGGAGGAGGGUGGAGGUGGUGUUGAUGAGGGCAGAGACUGAAAAGGAAAGGGUUAGGGAGAGGUUAGAGGAAAUGAAGGAAAAGGUGGAGUGGAUGGAGAAGAAAGGUGUGAUGGUGUUCACAGUAUGCAUUGGUGUCGGGGUAGUUGCGACCAUUGCAGUGGUGGUUGGUGGAGGUUGGGGUGGUGCCGGGGCAUGGCUUCUGUUAUUGUUCAGCUCAACAUUCGUUUUGUUUGUGUUGUCUCUCUGAUGAGAGUUUUGUUCUUUGCGCCGUUUUAUUCUUCCAUUUGUGUUUGAUGUUGGUUGUAAAGCCUUGUUAACAUUAGUAGAUGAAUUUUGUCUGUACUUAUUUUAUUCUCAGGUGGUUUGUACAGCAGCUGAGAGAUUCGUAAAUUCGGUGAUUACUUUCUGAAUGCCGUCUAUGCACGAGAAUGAGUAUUGAAUGGUAGAAAACGAUCAAA